GUCGAUGACGCGCGUGCGUGAAGAUGGCGGAAGUUCUCUCCUGAGCUAAAGCGGCGUCGCUCGGUGCGGAUCUAACAAACUCCCGAAGACGGAUCGGCUCGGCCUCGCGUCCCGCAUCUGACCCGCCGACAUUUUCGGACGCUCUCUCCUCCUGACAGACGGCCCCGCCCCCGAGCUCACGUGAUUGGCCAGAGUCAGAAGUUGUCGCGCUCUGAAAGAGUCAAUGAUUAGCUCGCGGCGACUGAACAUUAAACCGUGUCUGUAGGGGGGGAUAUGUCAGGCGGAAGCAGAAACCUGGGUCUUCCUCUCGGCCGGAGGAUCACGAAGCUGUCGUAAUCUCUAACCUGGGAGCGGCGGCGGCGGCGUUUAGCAGGCUCUCUCUCCUCAGGGCCGUCGUUGAGGCCCGACACUCGAUCGCCGAUGAAUAAUUAACCCGGGGAUCAGCUCGAGUGAAAGUUUAUUCAGAUCUGAUCGCUCCGGCUGUGACGUAACCGGAGGAGAAGUUCCUGCAAUCUGGGAUCUCCUUACAGGAGGAAAGGGAGAAACACUUUCACAUCUGUUUUUUUUAUGUAUUUUGGCUUCUUGAAGGAUAUUGAAGUCGGUCGGUGUGGGUUGUUUAGUGCGGUUUUCAGCGUCAGAAUAUGGUCUCUGUGUAGCCGUAUGUCAUGGCCUGCAGUGUCGCUAAAGCCGGCCCUGCUAAUGGCUUCCCACUGAAAGCACAGCUGCAGAUCAUGGUGAUCUCGGCCAAACUCAAGGACAACAAGAAGAACUGGUUCGGCCCGAGUCCGUACGUGGAGGUGUGCGUGGACGGCCAGUCCAAGAAGACGGAGAAAUGCAACAACACGCACUCGCCCAAGUGGAAGCAGUCGCUCACCGUGAUCGUGACUCCCUUCAGCAAGCUGAUCUUCCGUGUUUGGAGUCACCAGACGCUGAAGUCGGACGUUCUUCUGGGCGUGGCCACUCUCGACGUCAGCGAGACGCUCCGGUCACAUGACAUGAAGAUCUGUGAGGUGGUUCAGACCCUGCAGCUGUGUACAGACAGAGAUCAGCCGGACAGCAUCGGGGAUCUGUCCGUGUGUUUGGACGGUCUGCAGGUGGAUCCUGAAAUGUUCCAGUCAGCCGAGGCCAACAACCAGAGUGCUUUAAACGGGGAACCCGAGCUCAAUGACGACUCAAGCAGAAGCAGAGACCCGUCUCCUUCGGUCACAGACGGCCAGGAGCAGCCGGCGGCUCCUAACGGCCGCGUCAACGGCAUGGACUCUCCUUCGGCGUCAUCCAGAGGGUCGCGACCCCAGAGACCCCCGCGACCCUCGCGACCUCCGCCGCCGACCCCACGCAGACCCACGUCCUCUCCAGCUUCCUCCACCGGCUCGUUUCCUGACGGCAGCGACUCGUCCCGUUCAGACACUCCGGUUAGGAAUCCCAGCGGAGGCGGGGCCUCUGAGUCUAGCCCCGGCCCCACCGUGGAGCAGCCUGGUAGGACGUCCCUCAGCGUAGUCCCCGCCCCCAGCAGGAUUCCCAGCAUGGUCAACCCUGGACCGCUGCCGCCCGGUUGGGAGCAGCGGGUCGAUCAGAACGGACGUCUGUAUUACGUUGAUCAUGUGGAAAAGAGAACGACGUGGGAGAGACCGGAGCCUCUGCCGACGGGCUGGGAGCGGCGCGUGGACCCGAUGGGCCGGGUGUAUUUCGUGGACCACAUCAGCAGGACCACCACGUGGCAGCGGCCCACGAUGGAGACGGUGCGAAACUACGAGCAAUGGCAACACCAGCGCAGUCAGCUGCAGGGAGCCAUGCAGCAGUUCAACCAAAGAUUCAUCAUUGGGCUGCAGGAUCAGGCUUCAGCCACCCAGAAUAAGGAGUUUGACCCGCUGGGACCUCUUCCGCACGGCUGGGAGAAGAGAACGGACAGCAAUGGCAGAGUUUACUUCGUUCAUCACACGACCAGGACGACGCAGUGGGAGGAUCCGCGCACACAAGGUUUGCUAAAUGAUAAGCCGCUGCCGGAAGGCUGGGAGAUGAGGUUCACGGUUGAUGGCAUCCCUUACUUCGUAGAUCACAACCGCAGGACCACCACUUACAUCGACCCACGGACCGGAAAAUCCUCCCUCGAGAAUGGCCCUCAAAUCACAUACGUACGAGACUUCAAAGCCAAAGUUCAGUACUUCAGAUUCUGGUGUCAGCAAUUAGCAAUGCCCCAGCACAUAAAGAUCAACGUCAGCCGCAAAACGCUGUUUGAAGACUCGUUUCAGCAGAUCAUGAGCUUCAGCGCUCAGGAUCUCCGGCGCAGGCUGUGGAUCAUCUUCCCUGGGGAGGAGGGGCUUGACUACGGGGGCGUGGCCAGGGAAUGGUUCUUCCUGUUGUCUCACGAGGUGUUGAACCCCAUGUACUGCCUGUUUGAAUACGCUGGCAAAGACAACUACUGCCUCCAGAUAAACCCCGCCUCUUACAUCAACCCCGAUCACCUCAAAUACUUCCGCUUCAUUGGACGCUUCAUCGCCAUGGCUUUGUUUCAUGGGAAAUUCAUCGAUACAGGCUUCUCGCUGCCGUUCUACAAGCGCAUCCUGAACAAGCCCUUGGCUCUGAAAGACCUGGAGUCUAUCGACCCAGAAUUUUACAACUCGCUCAUCUGGAUCAAGGAUAAUAACAUCGAGGAGUGCGGGCUGGAAAUGUUUUUCUCGGUGGAUAAGGAGAUCCUGGGUGAGGUGUCGACUCACGAGCUGAAGCCGGACGGCGGGAACAUCCAGGUCACGGAGGAGAACAAAGAGGAGUACAUCAGGCUGGUGGCGGAGUGGCGUCUGUCUCGUGGUGUCGAGGAACAGACUCAAGCCUUCUUUGAAGGAUUUAACGAAGUUCUUCCGCAGCAGUACCUGCAGUACUUCGAUGCCAAAGAGCUGGAGGUGAUGUUGUGCGGAAUGCAAGAAAUAGAUCUGAACGACUGGCAGAGAAACACUAUUUACAGACAUUACACCUCCAGCAGUAAACAGAUCCUGUGGUUCUGGCAGUUCAUUAAAGAAAUGGACAAUGAGAAGCGCAUGAGACUGCUGCAGUUCGUCACGGGCACCUGCCGCCUGCCCGUCGGGGGCUUCGCAGACCUGAUGGGGAGUAACGGACCGCAGAAGUUCUGCAUCGAGAAGGUUGGGAAGGAGAACUGGCUUCCCCGCAGCCACACAUGUUUUAAUCGUCUGGAUCUGCCGCCGUACCGCAGUUACGAGCAGCUGAAGGAGAAGCUGAUGUUCGCUAUCGAAGAGACGGAAGGAUUCGGCCAGGAGUGAGACGCUUUCUCACACACACACACACACACACACACACACACAGAGGACUUCUCAUGCACUCUAGUUUUUUCCGAGAGGACAGACCGAUGAUCUGACACACAGGUGCAUUAUGGGAAAUUGAGGGUUUCUGCACUCACCUGUCACUUGGUAUUAAUUUCUAUAUCCCCGUGAGACGAGGAGGCUUUAUGCAAGCGUGUCAGAGAUGUGCCGCUGACGUUUCUACACGCGAUUUAAUCCAGCGAACGACUCCCGGAGAAAGAAGAGUCCCAGAACGAUGGGAACGGUUCACCAGAGCUCUGUGAAUGUGUGUUUUUAUGUUCACGAACCCUACGACGGGUCUCCUUGUGCCUUUUUUCCUCACCGUCAUCCAAACAGACGGAGUCAUGAACAGUGUAGCACUCGACAGCGGCGAGGACCUGACGGCUCGACCGAAUCAUUCGCUCCGACCGUCAAGAAAUGGCCAGUUUCAUCCCAAAAUCAUUUAGAAGUUGCGUUUUUUUCUUUUCUUUUCUGCAGCUUGAGGCAGUUUGCGAAACAAUUGAACACGUUUCUGCUAAUUCUCAUUAUUAUAAUGUGGGGGAAAACAAAUAUUUUCCACAUGUUCAUGUAACUGUGAGGUGAAAAAAACAAAAACGUAGAAAACGGUAAAAAAUAUGCUUUUGAUUGUAAGUAAACAUUGUGUUGUGAACUUAAAAUAAAUAAUAAUAAACAUUUAAAAAAAAACUAAAACAUUUUAGCAGAUUUUAUUUUACAGAAAAGCUUUUUUCCACAUUAUGCUAAUGAUGUAAAUGAAAAAAAAAAAAGUUAGAUUUUCAUGAAAAUACUGUUGCAGUGCGAAAACAUUGUAACAUAAUGGUGUUUAUUCUCGGUAUAUUAAUAUAUAAAAUCUAAAUUGUAAAUUAAAACACACACACACACACGCAUAUAUGAAUUUUGAGGUGAAACAUGGCUCAGAUAUUUCUAAAAUGAUGAUUGCGUGAUUUCAGGACGCUCUCGUUGUCCGGUGUUUCUGAUUUCACGCUCCGCUUCUCCAGCGCUGAUUCACGUUACUAAAUGAUUUCUCUGAAAUGAACUGAAGCCGUGGUUUUUCGGUCGCGGCGCUGGCCUCGGAUCCCUGAAGCGAUGAUGUGAGUUUAUUUGGGCCUAAAUCUGGGCGUGCAGUAUUUGUGACGGCGGCGCUCUAGUUCUAUAGGGCCGGCUGCUCUGAACGCAUUUCGAAGUAUUCUGGAUGCUCCUGGGCUGCAGCUUCUUUCAUGUUUCGUGAAUUAUUUGAAGUGAAUCUCGUCUAAACCACUGGAGGAGCCCAAAACCCUGCUAUAAAGCGCACAGCUGUGAUUCAGCGCGUUGCAUUAUGGGUAAUAAUAUCAUAACUCGAAUGGAUGACUGUUUUAGGGUGUCAGGGAGGAUCUUUUUUUUU